GUAAGAUGCACUAGGUAGGCCAUUUGUAGAACAGACCAACAGUCUUCAAAGCAGGCACGGAUCGGGGGGAAACGCAAUUAAGUCUGGUAAAACUGGUGCAAGGCCUUUCCCUUUUCUUACUAAAAGCUUUUAGAAAAGCAGACUCCACGUUUCUCAGUCUUCUUCUUCCACUACCCUACAACAGUUGCUUACUUACCCAUCUCUCUCUCUCUCCCCGUGUCUGAGCUGGGGUAUGAAGAAAAAGCUCAUUGAUUCAUUGCAGCUAUGCUGAUGAACAUGUUCUGAUACUUCAUCCUGCAUUUUCCUUUCAUCUGAACCCUAUUGCAUAAAUAUUCCUCCACUUUAAUCAGCAGAGCAUACAGGGGGAAAAUGACUAAAGUAACUCCAGAGUUCGUAGGGGGUGGUUUGCCGAUGUACACGUUUAAAUCGGUAUCAGCAGAUGUGAGCUUUGUUUCUAAUCAGUUCCCCAAAUAUAAGCUUGGGCCGGAUUUUCAGAUUUUAGAAGAGACAGCAUUGGAAAACAAAGGUCCUCCCCUAAAGGAGGUUGUUGAGGAAGAAACUACUCGUCUAGCGGAUCAGCACAAGCGUCUCUCUGUACGAGACCUGGCUAGCAAAUUCGACAAGAAUUUGGCAUCUGCUGCUAAAUUGGCCAAUGAGGCUAAACUCAGAGAUGCCCCUUCUCUAGAGGGACAUGUCCUUUUGAAGAAGCUAAGAGAUGCAUUGGAAACUCUGAAAGGAAGGUUGGCGGGUCAGUACAAAGAGGACGUUGAGAUAGCUAUUUCUAUGGUGGAAGCCUUAGCUGUACAGUUAACCCAAAAAGAAGGAGAUCUUAUACAAGAGAAGUUUGAAGUAAACAAACUUGUGAGCAUUUUAAAGCAGGCCUCAGAAGAUGCAAAAAGGUUGGUAAAUCAAGAGAGGUCUUUUGCUUGUGCUGAAAUUGAGAGUGCGAGAGCAGUUGUGCAAAGAAUUGGUGAAGCACUUGAAGAACAAGAGAUGGAUUCUCAAGUGUCUGGGAAACAGGAGGAAGUUAAGGAACUAAUGGAAGAGAUUCAAGAAGCUAGAAGAAUUAGGCUCUUGCAUAAGCCCAGCAAGGUGAUGGACAUGGAGCAUGAAGUUCAAGCACUGAGAACUCUUAUCAAAGAGAAAUCAGUGGUUUCUAUUAAGCUCCAAAAUGAGUUAGCAAUGAAGAAGAGAAUGGAGCAAAACAUGUCUCAAUUGUAUCAAAUAGUUGGUUCAGAAAGUGUAGGCUCAAUUUUACGGAUCCAGCCAUCCUCAGACAAAGCCAUUGAUCUUUUGAAAUGUUCAAUUCAGUGGUAUCGGUUAUCAUCUGAAUGCAGCAGAAGAGAACCUAUUUUAGGUGCGGAUAAAUCUGUUUAUGCCCCUGAACCUAUCGAUGUUGGGCGCGUUCUAGAAGUUGAUAUCGUCUCAACUCACUCAAAGUCCAUAGUGACCACCAUUGGACAGAUAAAUCAAGUAGCUGGGCUGGAGAAUUAUUUGGAGACACUUCUUCGGAAAUCCAACACGGAAUUCUGUGUGGUUAUUGCCCAGAUGAAUGGAAGGAACUACUCAUCCCGUUCUGUUCAUUCAUUUCAUGUUGGGAAAAUGAGGAUGAAGCUUUCAAGAGGAUGGAUUACAAAAGCUAGAGAUCCUUAUUCCGUUUCCAUGCAGCUUUGUGGAUUCAGAGGGGGAGGGAACUCUGCCGCAAAGUCAUUGUUCUGGCAACCUCGAAAAGGUCAGUCGUUUGUGUUGGUGUUUGAUUCAGAGCGGGAAAGAAAUGGAGCUCUUGUUCUGGCAAGAAGGCAUGCUCUUGAUUGCAAUGUGAACCUUGCCGGGCCUGAUGAUGAUGUAUUGCUGUGAAAUCUAACCGCUGUCUCAUUCAUUUGUUUGUUUUUUCUUUUUUGGUGGUUUAAAGGAAGUUGGUUGUAUGUGUGGUGAAAGAAAGAUGGAUUGUUACUAAUGACUGUUUGAGUUACAUCCAUGAGGCAUUUGUUUUAUUGUGUGCCCAAUCAAGGGGUUGUAACCAAUGUCACUACUGAACUACUGAUCAUAUUUAUUCAUUUUUCAAGUGAGUUGUUUUUAUAUUGUUG